AGGGUUAUUUAAAGGUGGCCAUAUAGACACCAACACCUGUUGAUAUAUUCGAGUGUUUUCCAGCGCCUUUACCACCACAGGGCGGAGCUAAAAUGAAAGCGCUCUGUUGUUCAAGCUGAAGCAAGGAUAGAUUCACGUCUGCACACAGCAAGCGCCAUCUGUUUACCAUUCCAUCCACAAACCAGCGAUCGAUAAUAAACUAUGGUGAUAAAGCGAAUAAGAUCGGAAUAUAUGAAGAGGUUUAAGGACCCAAAAUGGGAAACCUACGCAAAGUGUUAUGAUGAUUUGCUGAAGUACCGAAUGUCAAGACGACUGCUGGAGCAAGCACACAACCCUUGGUUUUGGGAAGAAUGGGGAAGUGAGACAGAGUCCAGUGGAAAAUCUACUCCUGUGUGUCGUAACAAAGUUGAACCCCUGAGGCCACACGAUGAGAAACCAGCACGACCUGCAAAUGUGACAACGGAACCAGCAGCUGAACCAGAACCUCAGAGAGAAGUACAAGAAACCAAUGUAGUUACCGGAGAUGCUGAACAGAAUCAACAGGUUGUGGAGGAAGAGGCUCUCAUACCAGAAACUGAUACACAUACCCAGAACACACUAAAGAGCAAACGCCAUAGGAGCACAAGAUCAAAGGUUAAGCCCCAUGUCACCAAAGACACCGACAAAGAGAAUCGUCACCCUUUUGCAUUGUAUGGAUCAGGAGAGAAACAGACAGAUAUGGCCUCCAGGAAAACCCAUAAUGUUGGUCCUGUAGCAUCAACCUCAGAGAUCCAUGAGUCAGCUUUGCGAGCAAAAACCAGACGGGAGGUGGAAAAACAGAUGAAGAGAGUUGACAAGCAGAGAGCGAGAUCCGCUGACUUGGAAAUUAGCAGAAAUGAGAAUGCACCGGAUUACAACCCCUGGAUGACAGAGUACAUGCGCUGCUUCUCUGCUAGGACUCGGUAGAAUUGGUUUCAGAAAACCUUUGCGAAACAAUGUCUGUAACUAUCUAAACCACUCAGGGUUAAAAAACAGAAACCUUCCACAUGAGGACUGGUAAAGAACAUACAUUUUAUCCAGCAGACUUUGCCGUCUUCCAAAAUGGGUCACAAUGAAUUAAACUAAACUUAAUGUGAGUUUUUUCAGAAGUUUUAUUUACACCAUGGAGAUGUUGCAUUGACAAGUAGGCCUACAUAUUAAACCUGACAUAAACCAUUAAUGCUACAGGGCAAAUUGUCAAAUAAUCACAUGCCUUGUUGCAUGAUUUACAUACCAUGAGAUCUUCUUAGCCAAUUAUUAACAAUUACUUUAAAGGGGCCAUUGCGUGAAAAUGUUAGCAUUGCCACUUUGUAGGUGUGAGCAAAAAUAGGUCAUUGAAAUUUGGCUUUCCUUAUGAUGUCAUAAGGAUAUCUUAUUAGAAUAAUACCGCCCCCUUAAUGUGCACUAUCCAACCACAGCACUGCCAUUUUGUGCAGAGAGAAAGAAAGAGAGAAAAAAUAAUUCACAGCACAAUUGAGUUUGAAUUGCAUCAAACCACCAUCAUUGUGAUCAGUGUUUGCACUUCAUCAGCUCAUUUGCAUUUUAAAAGACACACCCAAAACGACACAUUUUUGCUCAAACCUACAAAGUGGCAAUGCUAACAUUUUCACGCAAUGGCCCCUUUAAAGUGUUCAGUUAUUAUUAGACCAUUACCAGCAUUGUACUCUGAUGUAUUGUGAUAUGUAUAAUUUAAACUGUGUUGUAUUAAUAUUUAGGGUUAAUGUGAAAAUCUAUUUUAUUUCUCUGAAAAAAAAAUUGUGCUAAUGUGCAUCUUUGUAAAGUGUAAAUGUAUCAUAUUUAAAUAAGCUGCACAUUUGCAGUCCAACAGUUAAAGUAAUAUUAAAAAUUAGUUUGUUGUACAUUCAUGGCGUGUUUUAAAAGGAUGUUGUAGAUAAGCAGUAGUUAGUAUCAUUACAUAAUCUAGAAAGUGUAAAGCAU